AUGGCGAUGCAAGCGAUCAAGUGCGUGGUGGUCGGCGACGGUGCCGUCGGUAAGACCUGUCUUCUGAUCUCGUACACCACCAACGCCUUCCCCGGCGAGUACAUCCCUACGGUCUUCGAUAAUUACUCGGCCAACGUCAUGGUCGAUAACAAGGCCAUCAACUUGGGCCUCUGGGAUACGGCCGGCCAGGAGGACUACGAUCGUCUCCGCCCGCUGUCCUACCCGCAGACCGACGUCUUCCUCAUCUGCUUCUCCGUCGUGUCGCCUCCCUCGUACGAGAAUGCCCGCAACAAGUGGAAUCCCGAGAUCAUGCACCACUGCCCGACCACCCCCAAGCUGCUCGUCGGUACCAAGACCGAUUUGAGGAACGACGCCGACACCAUCGCGCGCCUCGCCGACAAGAAGAUGCAGCCCAUCCAGCAGGACCAAGGCGACAAGCUCGCCAAGGAGGUCGGUGCCGUCAAGUACCUCGAGUGCUCCGCCCUCACCCAGCAGGGCCUCAAGAACGUCUUCGACGAGGCCAUCCGCGUCGUCCUCAACCCGCCCUCGCCCGCCAAGAAGGAGAAGAAGGGCAAGUGCUCGCUCUUCUAA